AUGUGCGGCGGCACAGCAAAGACCACCACCCGGCCAGGGGCCUGGCAGGAUCCGGCCCGACGUGUUAGUGAUGCUGUCUCUGGUGCUGGGCGGAUCUGCAAGACCCUUCUGCACACCAGGAUUGGAAAACGUGCCGGGGUAGGAAGGGGCACUGACCACAAGGAACUCGGUAACAGUUGGUCGUGCUCGGAGUUUGACCUGAAAGAGAUUCGCCUGAUAGUCUACCAGGACUGUGAAAGAAGGGGCAGACAAGUCCUGUUCGACUCUAAAGCUGUGCAGAAGGUUGAAGAGGGAGCAGCUCAGAAAACGGAGGAUGGCCCUGUGAAAAUGUCAGCCAGGUGCUGUCAGGGCAGCGGCAGUGUCAGCAGCAGCAGCGGCAGCGUCUCUUCCCAUGGCUCCUCCGGGGGAUCUUUACCACACGCCAAGGAGCAGCUUCCAAAGUAUCAGUACACAAGACCGGCUUCAGAUGUCAACAUGCUGGGGGAAAUGAUGUUUGGCUCUGUGGCAAUGAGUUACAAAGGAUCCACCUUAAAGAUACACUACAUACGUUCUCCUCCACAACUGAUGAUCAGUAAAGUCUUCUCCGCCAGGAUGGGCAGCCUCUGUGGGAGCACGAAUAACUUGCAAGACAGCUUCGAAUACAUCAACCAAGAUCCUAAUUUGGGAAAACUGAACACAAAUCAGAAUAGUGUGGGUCCUUGUCGCAAUGCAAGUAACCUAGCUCACAGCACACCUGUCGAUAUGCCGAGCCGAGGGCAGAAUGAAGACAGGGACAGUGGCAUUGCUCGAUCAGCCUCCCUGAGCAGCCUUCUGAUCACGCCCUUCCCGUCUCCAAGCUCCUCCACGUCCUCCUCCAGCAGCUACCAGCGCCGCUGGCUCCGAAGUCAGACGACGAGCCUGGAGAACGGCAUCGUCCCACGGAGGUCAACAGAUGAGAUGUUCAGCUUGGCUGAAGAGACCUGCAGUUCUAACCCAGCCAUGGUUAGGAGGAAGAAAAUCGCCGUGAGCAUCAUCUUUUCCCUGUGUGAGAAAGAAGAGGCGCAGAGGAACUUCCAGGACUUCUUCUUCUCUCAUUUCCCCCUGUUUGAAUCUCACCUGAACAGGCUCAAGAGUGCCAUUGAAAAGGCCAUGAUCUCCUGUAGGAAGAUCGCCGAGUCCACCCUGCGGGUCCAGUUUUACGUCAGUCGCCUGAUGGAAGCUCUGGGAGAGUUCAGAGGGACUAUCUGGAACCUAUAUUCUGUCCCAAGGAUAGCUGAACCCGUGUGGCUUACCAUGAUGUCCAGCACUUUGGAAAAAACCCAACUCUGCCAGCGCUUUCUCAAGGAGUUUACACUGCUGAUAGAACAGAUCAACAAAAACCAGUUCUUUGCUGCCUUGCUGACUGCCGUGUUAACCUACCACCUGGCCUGGGUCCCGACUGUCAUGCCCGUUGACCACCCUCCCAUCAAAGCCUUCUCGGAGAAACGCACUUCUCAGUCGGUGAACAUGCUGGCCAAAACACACCCCUACAAUCCUCUCUGGGCGCAGCUGGGUGACCUUUACGGAGCCAUAGGCUCACCCGUGAGGCUGACACGCACGGUGGUGGUGGGGAAGCAGAAGGACCUGAUCCAGCGCAUCCUGUACGUCCUGACCUACUUCCUCCGGUGCUCUGAGCUCCAGGAGAACCAGCUGACCUGGAGUGGGGCUCGCAGCGAGAGUGGCCAGGUCGUCGACGGCAGCCAGAUCGUCACGGCCCUGGAGAAGGGGGAGGUGGAGGAGUCGGAGUACGUGGUGGUCACUGUGAGAAAUGAGCCUGCGCUCGUGCCCCCCAUCCUGCCCCCAGCCGUGGCAAAGAGGAGGAACCCCGGACCUACAGGGUUAGCGGAGACCCUCGAGGGCACGGACGGGAGAGCCCCGGGUCCCACGCCUGACAGAGAGGCAAGCAAGAGGCCGGAGCAGAGCUCCGAGGCCUGCGGCGUGGGGCCCCCAGAGCCGGCGGCAGACGGUGCCUGGCAGCCUCAGGGUGCGUUUUGCGGAGCUCAAGGAAGUAAGAACGAGGCUCCAGAGGGUGGCUCCUUACUCCUGUGCCGCUGUGGGGCUCCAGGGGCAGGCAUGAGGGCGGACCAACCAGCUGCCGAUGAGGAGGCCCGAGGGGAGCUGCCUGAGAAAGGGCCGGACCGCUCAGCGGCCAGGCCUUGCCCCGACAGACAUUCCUGGCAGAAGCCUCCUGGGGAGAAGGUCACUUUCCACAUUGGAAGCUCCGUGUCACCAGAGUCUGACUUUGAGAGCCGCACCAGAAAAAUGGAGGAGCGGCUGAGGGCCUGCGGACAGCACCCAAGGGCGGCCGCUCAGGACUGGCAGGUCUCCAGGUGCUCCUGCAGACCUGGCCCGGGAGGCAGUGCCUGCUGUCCUCAGACUUGCUGUUGCAGGAGAGCGGCAGGGGGUCCUGGCCGGGGCUUUGCGGAGGACACGGACAUCGGAACCGAUGCCGCAGCAGCUGCUGCUGCUGGGGGGCCUGGCCACGCCGCCGGCUCGCUCUCCCCUCCGGACGGUGCAGCGGCAACUGGAAGGAGAGCGCCGGAGACGACCGUGGGCUUGUGUUUAGAAGACCGGGAAGGACCGUUGGCAGAGCCUGUUGCAAACCGGGCUGUACAGCAGGACUCUGGCCUCCCGGUGGCUGCCAGUGUCCCCCGUGGGGAUGCCAGUAGGAAGGCCCACGUCAGGACAGGAGGAGACAUUCCCAGAAACGAGAGCUCGGACAGCGCUCUUGGCGACAGUGACGAUGAAGCGGGUGCUUCAGCCGCACUGGAUUGGAGUCACAGCGGGGACAGGACUGACGGGGCCUUGGAAGUGGAGCUGCCUCUGCCCAGGUCACAGAGCAUCAGCAGCCAGAACGUGAGAAACUUCGGCCGCUCCCUCCUGGCAGGGUACUGCCCCACGUACAUGCCUGAUCUGGUGCUCCACGGGACCAGCAGCGACGAGAAGCUGAGGCAGUGCCUGGUGGCUGAUCUGCUGCACACGGUGCAUCAUCCGGUGCUCGAUGAGCCAAUAGCCGAAGCCGUCUGCAUCAUCGCAGACACGGAUAAGUGGAGCGUCCAGGUAGCCACGAGCCAGCGCAAAGUGACGGACAGCACGAAGCUGGGCCAGGACGUCCUGGUCUCCAGUCAGGUGUCCAGUUUACUUCAGUCCAUUUUACAGCUUUACAAGCUUCACCUCCCGGCUGACUUCUGCGUCAUGCAUCUUGAAGACAGGCUACAGGAGAUGUACCUGAAGAGCAAAAUGCUCUCUGAGUAUCUUCGGGGACACACACGAGUCCACGUGAAAGAACUAGGUGUUGUACUGGGGAUUGAGUCUAACGACCUGCCUCUGUUGACUGCUAUUGCCAGUACUCACUCUCCUUACGUGGCUCAAAUCCUCUUAUAAGCUAAAGCUCAGGACAGUUUUCUUCUUUGGAAGGAAAAGUAAAAAAAAAUACAACUUCUCAGCUUAAGGAAUAAGCUCCGGGUGACACCUACAGCGUAAGCGUAGCACACCGAACCGUCACUGCACCGUUUUGUUCUGUUUCUGCGCUCAAGCCGACGCUCCCUUGGAAGACUUGGAACCACAGCUGUGGUCCUCAUGAGCGCUGGGCACCCUUUGCUGCCCAGGAAUCAACAGAGCGACCUUUCUUACACUGAGCAGCAGGCUGUGGGUACGGAUCGCCUUGUGCUGUCUGGGCGGCGUGAAGACACGCGACUGGAGCAGGGAGACGGACGGUGCACCUAACAUUCCAGGAGGAAAGUGUCCCGGAAUCGAGGCCUCCGCACUGGAGCAAGAAUAGUUUGCCAUCCUAAGAUGACAUUCAGAACGAGGAUUUUGGAUUUCAGAUUGGAGUUCGCUUUUUGCAAAGGGUGACAUGAAGAAAGCAUACUGUGCUGUCUGUAGUCCGGGUGGCUGCAACAGCCGCUGCUUGACGUAAGACCUGAACGAGGCUCGCCCACUGGGAAGAGUGCUAUAGGGACCCACUGUUUCCAUUUCUUCUUGGAGUUUACCUUGUUUCAAAUGUAGCCACAGGUAAUCCGGAGAGGGGUCAUUGGUGCAAUAAACCCAAGAAUCACUUGUAGCAUCUGAAUCCCACCACGAUGUAGUCCGUAGCAGCCGAGUGCACACAGCCUGAAACCGUACACAUGUUCUGUCCUCACACGGUAGAAAGAUGAGCAGCCUUUCUGAGAGAGGCCACUUACCAAAGCUACUCCCACAGGCUCCAGAAUGUCUCUGUGGGUAUCUUCGAGCCGAGGCCGCCUCCUUUAAUAGUCCAUACAGCGAUUGUAUUUUAAAAGGCACAGUUCUCCUGGUGGCAAAACUGCAAUAGUGAAAAUAGCCCGCAUAUGAUCUAAGGUUUUACAUUAUUGUCUCUGUGCCUUCUGAUCCCUACGUACUUUUCAAAACAUGUUUCCAAAGCUGCCAUGCUAUGAAACCUAUCACAAGUGAAGCGUUAUUGUCCCAGCUCACGUGUUUAACAGUGACCUUGAAGCAGACCGCGGGUACAGGAAAAGCCUUUUUGAAAAAACUGAGCAUUAAGAGACAGGAACUGAUCUACUAAAGCAAACAUCUUUUUAGCUAUAACCAAUUUCCCAUUCCCUUUUACUGUUCUGUGAACUACUUCCGGUCCUUCCCGUGUACCCUUUGCAUCUAAUAUAAAGUAACCUCCCGUUUAGGGUUAGAAUUUACUGCAGAAAAAUCCUGAUCCUAGACAACAACUUACCUGAGUUUGUGUCUGUUCUUUUAAAAGUCCAAGUUCAUUAUUUGUUCCAAACGGUGCACCAGCGCUCCCAACAGAGAGGCAGAGGAAUAGAACCUCUCCCUCUGUUUUGUAACAACGCAAAACACAGAUGGAUGGAUAACGCUGAAGUUUUCCAUUCUUUGUCAUAUUUCUCCAUUUCUUCCUAACAUUUGAGUCUGGAUUCUAAGUCCUGCAGCUCGGUGCCAGCAUUGUUUGCUGUCACAUUACAGAAAGAGAAUGGAGGGCGCCUGUGGCUCAGCUCGCCCAGCCUUCCUUACGCCACGUGACGUGACCCGAAUGCGUUGUCAGCUGAUGAUGCUACCACUUCUCCAUCUGCACAGCGCGAAGCAUUCCUCUCCCCCGCGCUCCCGCUUCAUGUUUACACGUUUUAGGCACUUUGCCUCAUUCACCCCCUUCCAGGGUUCAUAGAAAAUAACUCGCUACAAAAUCAGUCCAAUUCUCGUGUUCAUGAUGGCAGGCUGAAGAGCAGAUCCAUGGUGAGGGGAGGAGGGAGGAAUUGAGCUUUCAGUCACAGCCGGUUCUAAACUCCAUCCACAAAACAUGUACCCCAGCCCCCCCGAAAGCCAGAGAACAUGUGACUUGCCUCGUAUCCUAAUAUUCCGUAACUCAGAAAAAUAGCUGAUGGGAAGCCACGGCUGGGUCACGUGGAGGGGUUGUCUCAGCCACACUCAGGAUUCUGGCAGAGCCUGUUGCCUACAAAACCAGACCAAGGAUGCUGCUGCUGUUUUGUAAGCCUCCUCUCAAUAUUAAUGCUCAAGUCGUCUUUGUCUUAAACACAACCUCUUUCCAAACGUGAAAAAGAUAAACAUCCUCACGGAAUGGUUGAGACACACCCACUCACACAGCUCAGCCAGAAAGGGAUCCGACCCGCUCCCGUGCCCACCUCGAGAAAAACAUAAAAUUAAAAACAAAUAAAUCUACCUCAGUUGACAGGAUUCCACCUUCAGGGUUUCUCCAACCUUUCAGUCUUACCUGUUGCGUGUCACUUGUGUCGCGUCUUGCUUUGCUGAGCACGCUAGUGAGGCAUGACGGAGCAGAUGUGUGCACGUGUUCCUGGGAUGGACUUCCUUCUAGCAUGUUGCAGUUUUAAUUUUCAUAAAUUGAUAAGUGAUAUGAAUGUAAGGUAAUUGUGUACGUUUUAAACAUGACAAUGAAAAAAGUUUAAAAUGUAGCUUCCAUACUUGUGCAUAAUUCCAAAGUAUUUUAUUUUUUAUCAGUGUUAAAUAGCUUUUUGUACAGGCUUCAAUCCAUUUUUCUGAAGUGUGCUGUUUUUUAAUGAAAGUAACUAUAAUCUUUUCACAUCCCAUGGAACUGCUGUUUACACAUUGCAACUUUUUAAACUUAACCAUAUUUUUCAAAACUAACCUUUGGAGGGAGGGAAAAUCCCUGCUUGCUAAAUGAUAUUAAACCAUUGCUAGGGCUCUUAAAAUUAGAUCCCGAGAUUUUAUAAAAAUUCUGUCUGUAGCUUUUUAGGUUCUUAACUAGAGUUGGUUGUACAUUUAAAAAAAUAUGAAGUGGCCCCCCAAUUCUUUUAAAUGUUUUUCACUAAUGUGUACUUUGGGGAAUAUUUUGUUCAUGCAUACUUUCACCAUUAAAUUGAAAAAGUCUUUAGCUUCUCUUGCUUAAUGCGAACCAUUUGUUUUUUUUUUUUAAUUGUGCUUUGGGGGAGAGAAUAUUUUCAUAUAAUUUUUUUUGCAUAAAUCAAACAGCCCCCCCAACCCCCGAAUGUUAAUUUUUAAAUGUCAAAGUUGGGUCAUCCCUAAAUCUUGGAAGCAAGAUUGUUUGAGAAUGGAGAAAAUUUGGGAUUUGUUAUCAUUCAAGCCCCAUGAACAGAAUGCAUGAGGCUGUUUACUUUUGAUCAGUUGAAUGGAUGCCAAUGUCGAUGUAUGGGAAACUUAAAGCUUCUUCAUGUAUUACUUUGAUUCAUUUCUCUGUGGCAUUUGGUGCAAUAAACCUUUUGAAUUUAUCUUCUACA